CGCCAAUCGCCGAAGCCGCAGAACGCCCACACCCUCGACCGCCCUUUCCGCAGUUUGCCGCCGCUCGCCUGACUUGAGCCUGACCGAACGUCGUUGGCGCCGGACUCUUACUUGGAACAAACACACGCAUUUCCCAACCACACGAGUUUCUUCGUUCUAGAGACACACAAUCACUUUUCAAAGACAACACCGCAUUUCCGCGAGAAUCGCACACACACUCUUUCAUCAUGGCGCAGAAGCGGCUCAUGCAGGAAAUCCAACCCCUCCAGAAGGAGAAGUGGGUUAAUAUCGAGGCCGACGACACAAACAUCUUACACUGGAGGCUCGGCCUCUGGGUUGUCAACCCCGACAGCAUCUGGCACGGCGCCUACCUCAAGGCCGAGAUGCGAUUCCCCAAAGACUACCCCUACCAGCCUCCCACCUUCAAGUUCCUGACCAGGAACAUCUGCCACGCCAACGUCUACUCGGACGGCAACCUCUGCAUCUCGAUCCUACACAAGCCCGGUGAGGACGAGCAGUCGGGAGAGCUGGCCAACGAGCGGUGGAACGUUCUCCACGGCGUCGAGUCCGUCCUCCGCUCCGUCCUCCUCCUCCUCGACGACCCCGAGAUUAACUCUCCCGCAAACGUUGAUGCUAGCGUCCUCUACCGCGACCGUCGAAGCGAGUACAACGCCAGGGCCAAGGAGAUCGUGGCCAAGUCUCAGAAGGACAUCCCCGAAGGAUCCAGAAUGCCCACUCCCUCCGAGCUCGCUCCGGCACCACAGAAGCCUGUUGACGACGAUGCCGACUUCUGGAACAUGACGGACGAGGAAGAGGACUUUGGCGGCAGUGACAGCGAUGAGGAUAUGGACGACUUUGACGAGGACGAUGAGGAUGAGGAUGACAUCAAGGACCACAAGUAGUCGGUCGAGGUCGUCGUUGAUGACCCGAUUUCCACGUUUUACGUCUAUCCAUCUUUUGGUACGACCGGCAUAGCGAGUUGAUUUUUGUUUGGGCGUUCUAAGAAGUGGGCUGUCCCGGCCAGGACCAGUCCCGAAGGCAUUGGCAUUGGUAUUGGCAUUGGCGGGGGUCGGAGCGGGACAAACUGGUCGUCUUUUUGUUUUUUUACUGCUUUUCGAGAGGAGCAAUGGUGUGUACAUCAUGAGUCAUUUCCCCCAAUAGACAGAGAGAAGGACGUUUCUUCAGGUUA